GUAUACAUAUGAUUUCUGCAGUCCAUAAUGUUAUUAUGCUGUAUACAUAUGAUUUCUGCAGUCUAUAAUGUUAUUAUACAUGUUUCUGAUAACAAUUUUGUAACUUGUAUUCUGUUAUUUAUAGCACAAUGACUUCCCAGCUAAUCUACACUAUUUCACUGAUCCUCUCCUUUACCCUUUUGUGUUGUCUACUAGGAGAAGCUGAAUCUGCAAUCACAGACAAGAAUGAAACUGAGGCACUGAGGGCAAUUGUCCAACUGGGUAUGACAAAUUGGAACUUAACUGAAGAUCCAUGCACAGACAAUGGAGGCAAGCCUAAUAACAGUACUUUUCCAGGACUGGGAUGUAAUUGUUCUUACCUCAAUAAUAAUGUUUGUCACGUCACCAACAUAACACUUAGCAGUCUCAAUCUUAGUGGGGUGCUUCCCCCAGAGUUGGCCAAUUUUACUAAACUUCAACAGCUUGAUCUGGCAGACAACUUGUUAACUGGCCCAUUACCUUCACAAUUGGGUUCCUUGACUUCAUUGAAAUAUCUGUAUCUUUCAAGAAAUCUUUUGUCUGGCUCUAUUCCAAAAGAGCUUGGUAAUCUUGGGAAUUUGGAGAUACUUGAUCUGACAGACAACUUGUUAACUGGCCCAUUACCUUCACAAUUGGGUUCCUUGACUUCAUUGAAAUAUCUGCAUCUAUCUUCCAAUAAUUUCAUAGGUCAAAUACCAAGCGAUAUUGGGAAGUUGAAAAAUCUUACAAAAUUAAUACUCCAAGGAACUUCUUUGAACGGACCUAUUCCACCAAACGUAUCAAAUUUAUCUCAACUAGAAGACUUGAGGAUAAGUGAUAUUGCAGAGGGUGGGAACCCUUUGGAUUCCAUAAUGAAGCUAACUAAUCUGAAAAUAUUGGUUUUGAGAAACAAUAACAUCACUGGAAAGAUUCCAAAAGACAUAACCGGCAAAGCCUUACAAAAGCUGGAAAUUCUGGACUUGAGUUUCAACAAGUUAAGUGGAGAAAUUCCAGAAAAACUUUAUUCAUUGCAACCACUAGUAUUAUUGUUUUUAGGGAGCAACUUUUUGAGUGGGAGUCUUUCUUCACAAGAUAAUGAUAUUCAAAUAAUAGAUUUGUCAUAUAACCAAUUUUCAGGAGAUAUUCCCAUAGCAUUGUCUACCAGUAUUUCAAAAGUGAAUAUAGUUAGGAACAAUCUAAAUCUCAAAAAUAAUGGAGAUCCAACAUUAUGCCUCCAAAGAAAUUUUCCAUGCGGUAACAAGUCACAAAACUAUGGUUUUGCUAUAAAUUGUGGAGGAAACAAGUUGAAAUCUUUUGGUACUGAAUUCGACGCUGAUCUUGGUACUACUCAAUUUUUCCAAAGUCUGAACAAAAAGUGGCUAGUAACUAAUACAGGAUUUUUUGGGGAUCCCCUGAGUCAGCAAAAUUUCAAUGCCCAGAGUAACGCUACCUUUUCUAUUAGUCCACAAAAUAACACCAUAGCUAGCUCUCAAGCAUUAGAUCCAGAACUGUACAGCACAGCACGCAUUUCUCCAGCCUCUCUGAGGUACUAUGGCCUUGACCUCCAUAAUGGAUUAUACACUGUAGAGCUCCAUUUUGCAGAGAUACAAUAUCCAGAUACGCCAGACUCAAAAAGGGCACGUAUCUUUGAUGUCUAUAUUCAGGGAGAUAGAAAGUUGAAAGAUUUUAAUAUUAAAGAGGCCGCUGGAGACAAAAAUGUGGCUGUUGUUAUGAACUACACCAUAAAUGUUACAGAAAACUUCUUGGAGAUUCACUUCUUUUGGGCUGGGAAAGGGGCAUGUUGUGAACUACAAGAUAUGCAUGGACCUUUGGUAUCGGCCAUUAGAGUAUCUCCUCAAUUCAAUGUGCCAAACUCAAAGAAUCAUAAGACAGUCAUAAUUAUUGUUGUCGUGGUGAUCAUUUUGGGCCUUCUGCUGAUAUUAUCUAUGGUCUUAAUCAAGGAAAGGAAAAGGGGAGCCAACAAAUUAUCCUGUUUCAGUGAGGACAAAGAGCUGCAGACCAUGGAGAACAAUUCUUUCAGCUUUAAAAUGAUGAAAAUUGCAACAAAUAAUUUUAAUCCCAAAAAUAAGAUAGGUGAAGGUGGAUUUGGUGCUGUUUACAAGGGCAUAAUGCCAGAUGGGAGGAAGGUGGCAAUAAAGCAGUUAUCAGCUUACUCCAAACAGGGGAGUCGAGAGUUUCUGAAUGAAGUAGGACUAAUUUCUGCAGCACAACAUCCAGAUCUUGUUAAGCUUUAUGGUUGCUGUGUAGAGGGAGAUGAGCUGCUAUUGGUUUAUGAAUACAUGGAAAAUGGAAACCUUGCUGAAGCAUUGUUUGAUCGUAAUGAAUCCCAGAUUAAGCUAGACUGGCCCACUCGAUAUAAGAUUUGCUUAGGAAUUGCACGGGGUCUUGCAUACCUUCAUGACGAAUCACUGCUAAAAAUUAUACACAGGGACAUUAAAUCUACAAACAUUCUUCUAGAUAAAGAUUUAAAUCCCAAAGUAGCUGAUUUUGGCUUGGCAAGAAUGUUCGAUGAGGAAGGCACUCAUGUCAGCACAAGGGUAGCUGGAACAAUUGGAUAUAUGGCUCCAGAGUAUGCCCUCAGUGGGCAUCUAACAGACAAGGCAGAUCUUUACAGCUUUGGGGUGCUCAUUCUUGAAAUUGUUAGUGGCAGAAAACAUACAGACACCAGCUUGGAAGAAAAGAGGGCUUACCUUCUUGAAUGGGUUUGGCAUUUGUACGAGGAAAAGAAAGUGCUGCAACUGGUAGAUGGCAGCCUGCUGAGUUCUGGAUACAAUGAAGAAGAAGUGGUAAGGAUAAUUAAUGUGGGUUUGUUGUGCACCCGUGAGAAUCCAGGUAGAAGACCCAGGAUGUCUACAAUAGUUGAAAUGCUAGAAGGAAAAAUAGAAACACCUGCUUCACAUUCUCGGCCUGGGUAUCUCACCCAUUGGCAAGUAUGGCAGCUCACUGCUGGAGUGCCCCACAAUCAGGCCGAAUCCUCUACAAGUAAUACAUCCACCCACAUGAAACCAUCAAUAGAAAGCUCUUCAUCCAGCAAGCAAACUCUCAGCUUAGGGUGAUCUGUGGACAGCAUUUUUGUUAGGGUUUAGGCUAGAAUUACUCAUUCUCAGAUCUCAUGCAGUUAGACCAUAAUCCAACUCUAAACAAAUGUUUGAAUUGACAAUUUACAGUAACACAUCUUAGCUGAAUUAUUUGAAAAUAAUGUAUUAUUGGAUCUUAUUGUAAUAUGGGAAGUUGAUGAGAUACUCUUCCAAAGUUAAAAUCGAUGUGAUUCUUCUGAUUCAGUACC